GAUCAUCCGUCUCUUUAGCUUUCAGUACUAGUUAGAAGGCGUUUCUAGCUUCAAACAGGCGAAGAUAGCGAAGGAAAUCAAGGUAUUGAGCAACACAUUCAACAGUGACUUAUCACGUUGUCUUUUUAAUAACACUCCAUCCCGUAUUUAUUUGGUUCUUUACAGCACAGGUUGGCACGCGCGCCAUAAAAUGACAAGUCUGUGGUCAUACGAUAAUUGCACCCCCUAUGAUGUUCUUGGAGUUUCCCCGUCUGCUGGCGUUUCUGAGAUCCGACAAAGUUUUAGGAAGAUGGCUCUGCGGACGCAUCCAGACAAAAGCAUGGGCCAAUGGGAUCAUAGCAUGACUAAUAACCAGGGGCUGCAUGAUCAGGCAGGUACCGUAGCAUCCUUUGGGAUUCCGUUUUAUCUAGUGAAAGAGGCUGUCGAGGUCCUGCUGGACCCUUUUCUGCGCCACCAGUAUGAUCAGCUGCAUUGCCAGACUAUGCUGCGCUCUGUGGGAGCCUCCAGUGAAACAUGUAGCCUCUCAGAGAACUUUGUUUUAGUGUCUUCCUUGGAGGGUUCUUCCUUCGGUGGGGGGUGGGCUGAUAUUUACCAGCGUGAGUGCCGCUGCGGUGGCACCUAUGAGAUCACUCAACUUAGGUCUGGAUCUGCGCAGACAGCUGAGAUGCUGCAAGCGACUCGGAGUAAUCUCAGGAGGAAAACGACUUACUGUGAGUGCGAUACCUGUUCGUUGGUUGUGGAAGUUAUUCUCGAUGAAUGUGAACAGAAUACAGCUGACCCGAAUUAAAUAGGGCGAGAAGGCAAAAAAUCCAAAAAAUUUAUGCGAUGUCGCUUCUGUUCCACUGAAGGAAGAGGUGAACAAGAAUACUAACUCUAAUUCGUGUAAAAA